AUGAGUUACGGCGGCGGUCGCUACGACGAUAGGGACGAUAUCGAUAUCCGCUUCCACCACCGUGGCCGGGCCGAGCCACGUUAUGAGCAACCCCCACCCCGCCCAACCUACUUCGUCGAUGAACGCCUCGACAUUCGUGCCGGCGGCCGUUACGAUAGGCGCCCCUCCCCCAUGGCUCCGCAGCCUGUUAUCAUAAACAACCGCAUCUACAACCAUGACGAAGACUACCCCGAGCCGGCCCCGCGCCCAGUGCAGUUCCAGAUGAUGGCGCCGGCACCGGCACAGCGCGAGAGAUCCAGAUCCCGCCAUGGCCGUCGCCGUCGCUCCCGAUCGUCUUCGCGGUCCCGAUCGCGCUCUCGCUCUCGCCACAGGCGCAAGUCGCAGGAGAAGCAGUUCAUGACGAAGGAAGAGUAUGAACUGGAGAUGGCGCGCCGGGAGAUUGAGGACUUGAGAAGGGCCCAGUAUGAGGCCGGCAAGAAAGCUAAUAAGAAGGAAGAAGAGAAGCCUAAGCAUGACUAUAUGACCAAGGAGGAUUACGAACUGGAGCGUACUCGAAAGGAGCUGCACAAGUUCAAGCUCGAGCAGCAGCGCAUCGAGGAUGAGAAGUUACUGAAGAAGGAGCUUGAACUCAAGCAGCUGCUGAAGCAGAAGAAGGAGGAAGAGGAGAAGGAGGCCGCGAAAAUGGCGGCCGAGGCAGCUGUGAAGGAUUUCCAGCGCAAGCAGGCCGAGAAGGCCGCGAAGGAAGAGGAGGAGAAGAAGCAGCGUGACAAGGAGUACAAGGAGCGCGUAGAAGACGACAUGAGGAAGUCGGGCUUGACCGACCAGCAAAUUGCCGCCGUGCUCAAGAAGGAGAAAGUCGACGUUGCCGCCGCUGGGACUCGCCCCAUGUACACCAAAAUGGCACGGCGUUAUCUUUCGUACGAGACACUGAAUGCCUUCCGCAUAGACUAUACCAUUGACCAGGUAUGCAAACCCAGAUGGGCAUAG